CAGCGGUGGUUCCCUCGCAUGCACGCCUGCCUCGCACCCACUGCUAUACAACACCUGCACACCUAGCACUCCCUACAUCACCACACUCUCCGCCGCCUGCCGCCCUGCACUGUCGACUGCCGCCCUGCACUGCACCGCUUGCUCUGCACCGUCCGCACUGCGCCAGCACUGCACCACCACCGCCGCCGACCCCCGCAUCCAGCCGCCACAUGCCUUCGCGACGUCAGUAACGACGCGCAUUCCCUCUGUUCGGCCACUGUCCACUGUCCACUGUCCACCGUCGUGCCCGCGCCCCGCCCGCUCCCCGCUCGCCCCGCCCCGGCCUCGACAGCGCCCGCCAUGCCGCUGAGAGCCGACCUCCCCAUUGUGCGCGUCGAGCACGGCUCGAUGCACACCAUUGAGACCCGCAAUCCCGAGAACCUGUUUGGCCUGUGGAGUGUCUUUUCCAAAUGCUCGCCCGCCAUGGAGGACGGCAAGCGCUACGAGAACAUGGCCUGGCGCCUGUGGGCGCGCGAGACGUUCUGCUGCCAGCCCGACCCUGUCGUGCCGCCGCAGUGGUCGUUCGACCAGGCCCUCGCCGCCAGCGCGCCCGACGUGCCCGAGCUGUCCACCAGCGUGGCCUCGGACGACUCGCUCGACCCCCUCACCACCAGCCAGCACCGCUCCGACUCGUCAGCGUCGCGCCCAGAUCUGCGCCGCCACGACUCGGCCACCAGCAACGCCCGCGGCAAGCACAUGACGCCCAUCGACCUGGAGAAGGUCGUCAACUCGAUCCAGGAGAAGCGCGCCAUUGAGCCGCUCUCGCCGCUGCCCCCGCAGCUCUCUGCCCAGGCCACCGACGCCCGCCGCAUUGCUGCAGCCGAAGCAGCCGCAGCUGCCCUGUCUGCAUCGCCACCCAUGACGGCACGCCGCUGUGCACCCGACCUGUCGACGUCGACCUUUGCCACAACCCGUGGCAGCGACGACAUGAGCGCCGCCGGCUCUGAUGUCAGCACCUCUACCGAUAUGAGCCAGCACAGCGUCGUACGCGGCUUUGAGCCUGGCCUGAUCUCCACCUCGAUGCGGUCCAGCACCAACCUGGCCACCACUCCCUCCAUCCUCAAGAAGACGUCCAGCUUCAUUGUCAAGCCCCUGCCGUGCAAGGCAGAGCCGAUGACAAAGAAGAAGCAGCCCGUCUUCACUCUCGGCGGCUCGUCCGACGAGGACGCCAGCUCUUUCGAGGCCUACUCAAUGGUCCAGCGCAGCUCACUCUCUGAGAACCUCCGCAAGGCCGGCUCCAUGAAGAAGACAACGUCCUUCGCGAACCAGAUCAGCCUGCGCCAGUACCAGGAGGCCAUCUCCGAGAGCGAAGGCGCCAUCGAGAGCGACAGCGACGAGCCAGACGAGAGUGCCAUCGAGGAGGAGGACUCUGGUGAUGACUGGGAAGACGACGACGAAGAGGCGGCCGACGAGAGCCACCAGUCGAGCAUGCAGACCACCGCCAUGUUUCCCCGAGUCGACUCCAAGCCCAACCUCACAUCGCACCGUUCGCUGCUCACAACCAUGAUGCACGAAGGCGACCGUGCGCAAGCCAUGCAAAACGCGGCCCAGCGCCAGCGCCAGCAGCCUCCCCAAAUCCGUCGAUCUCGAACAACGACACCGAACGGCCCCUCCAUCGGCAACUCGCCGCAGGAAGACAGUGGCUUGAUGAUGCGUCAGCAGGCUUCCAGAGCCAAGCCAAUCAUCAUGACGACUUCCAACGUGCACCCUCCCGCCCUAUCCCCGCGGACCACCCGCCGACUCAUGCUCCAGAACGAACUGAGCGGCUCUCUCCGUCAAAACCUGCUGUGGGAACGACAGCAGAAGAAUGCGACGACAAACGCAGCUAUGCGACGAGCUGCCACCACAACCGACCUUCAGGGCAUGGCCACCAAGAUCCAGCCCCAGCCAAUGCAUACGAGCGCAAAGAACCCCAACAGCUACUUUGACCAAGGUCUGGGUAGCUACCACACCAAGGGGUGGUAGUUGAUCUUUAAUGUUUUCCACUUGCACUUCUAGCGGCAUUCACAAGCGAGCAAUGGGCUCAUGGCGUUUGAUUCUUUGUACCCGUUCAGCAUUUCGAGCGGUGAUGAUGGGUAAUGACCUUCCAAAAUCUUCGAUGCUUUGAAGGCAUCGUAUAUGCCCUACGAGGCUACGAGUCUCCUUCAGCGGACUGAGGCGUGCCGGCUGGCUUUUAUAACAGGUUCACGGCUCACGCCUGGUCGAGUUGGCUUGCACAUGGCAGCAUCUCGUCCAUUGGUCUGUACUUCUACCUGCACUGUACUUCUAUCUAGGCUUGACAAAGCCAUUAUACCCCAGUACGGGUCGACUCCCAAAGUCGUUCUGCAACAGCAUUACCUCACACGAGGUGGCAGGCAAUUAGUCAGGUACUUAAUCGAAAAAGCGAUUGUUCACUA